AUGGAUAAGGCGAUACCCAAGUCAGCCGUCGCCGCCGACGCGCCGCAGUGCACGUGCCCCGCUCGUCCUCCCUUCCUUCUCCACCACAACCCCUACAAACAAUGGUACGCCCGCCCGCCCGCCUGGCCUCGCCGCGCACCUGACCCCACACAGAGCUCGCGCAUCGAGAUCCUCAACGACGGCGGCUUCCGCUCCGACGGACGGCGCCCCGCCGAGCUGCGCGCGACCGCGUUCGACCUCGCCGCCCACGCGGGCGCAGACGGCGCCGCAGCCGUGUCGCACGGCCUCACCCACGUCCGCGCGGCCGUCUUUGGCCCGCGCGAGGCACGCGUGCGCGCGCAGACGCUGCACGACCGCGCGCUCGUCGUCGUCGACGUCGCGUUUGCGCCCUUCAGCGCCGGCGAGCGCCGCCGCCGCCCGCGCGGCGACAAACGCGCCCUCGAGCUCGCCGCGACGCUCAAAAGCGUACUAGACGCCACGAUCCACACCGCGCUCUUCCCGCGCGCGCAGAUCGACGUGCACGUGCACGUCCUGCAGCAGGACGGCGGCGUGCUCCCCGCGUGCGCCAACGCCGCCGCGCUCGCGCUCGCGGCCGCCGGCGUGCCCAUGCGCGGGCUCCCCGCCGCGCUGUCUGCCGGCGCGCACCCCGGCGCGGGGCGCGCGGCGGGCGGGGCGCUGCUUGAUCUGAGCGCGCUCGAGGAGGCGGACGUGCCGAGCCUCGUCGUCGCGCUCGCGCCUGGCCCCGCGACGGCGGCGGCGACCGCGAGUGGGCAGGAGCAGGAGGGGGGGCCGCGGCUGGCGCUUGUGAGCAUGGAGACGCGGCUGCACGUGGACCGCUUCGCGGAGGUGCUGCGCGCGGCGUGCGAGGGCGCGGUGGUGCUGCGGGGCGAGAUGCGCGCGGCGGUGUUGGAGAAGACGCGUGUGCUUGUGGGGGCUAUGGAUGCGGGCGCGGGCGGGGCGAGGCUAGGAGGCGGGGGAGGCGGGGAGGAGGAGGCGGGGAUGGGGAUGGAGGAGUGA